CUAGCUCUGUCUGGAAAGAUGUUUUUAUUUUGUAGUUCUACUAGAAGCGGCCGAGAAUUUCGAAAUUCUCCGAUUCGAAAUGUUGUCGUGAACGUAGUUGAAGAAAAAGUUUGUUUUGUUUUUCCACUUAUUUGUGAAUCAUGAAGUGUAGACAAGGCGAUCAAAUAUGUGCGGCACUCAAUUACAUCAAAAAUUUGAAAUUUUGCACUUAUUGCAGAAGAAAAUCCUACUCCCAAAUUUCGAUGGACAUAGCUCUAAUUGUCGUGAACGCUGCACACAUGACACAAAUUAUAAGGAUGGGAAAUCAUGACAGCUUAUAUUUUGUGAAACUCAUUUUGGUUGGAUUGUCAAUAUUUUUGGAGAUUUCCAUUGGAGUGCUUCUGGUUGUAAAGGAAAGGUUUGAUAUUGAGGAUGAGAGACAGCAUCGCAUCAUGGAUGUUUUAAAUGACCUCACAGUUUGGUUAAUUUUUAUGUCAACUUUCGUCCACGUCUUUGUAUCCGUUUUUACAGAUAAUCAUCAUUUAUCAGGACAAUUUAAAACACAGCAAUCAUUAUAUCACAAUUGUUCGAGUUGUUGCGUUUAAAACUUCUCAUGUCAUGAAACAAACUUCAAUUUUUUCUACUGCUUUAUAUGAUACACGCUACAAAAUCAUUGUUAAUAAAUAUUUUGACACUACAAA